GAAACAAUCUGUCAUUCUUUCAUCCGAAGUUCAAAGGUCCUCCUUGCACCUUAUCGUAUUCCUGAUAACAUCCACCUUUUAGUUUUAAAACUGUAUGUUUCUGACAGGUUGUCAGUUCUCUAGGAAGGAGAUUAAACAAUCAAGCUAACAAAUCUAUCAACAAUCACAAUAACUAAUCAAAGUUGAUUAUCCUUUCAAUGACUGAAUGGGGUGAUAGAACCCAUAAGAGGUUCAUGCCAUACAUGUGGAAGUAUUGAACCUGGUUUCAUAGGCUACUUUCGCUUACUAAUGGCUGAUUUGUACUUGGGGAACAGGAGCUGCGAGUCUCUUCAAAUAAAUCACGAGUUUCAACGUCAAAGCGAAGAGGUCAGCUUGAACCUCUCUGUUCACAAGGCACUCCUUAUUAGAAGGUCAUCAUCCAGUCAUUUUCCAGAUGGCUGCCAAAGAGAAUGAUGUAGAGGUCAAGAUCCUGUCCCCUGCGGCUGCACAGCGACGGCAGCGCCUAGUGACUAAGGACGGGCACUGCACUCUACACACUCCCCCAGCCCCCGGCUCUCCUGCCACUUGGCUCCUAUACCUGCAGGACGUAUGGGGAACAGUGGUGGCGCUGCGGUGGCGGUGGGUAAUUCUGGCAUUCUGCACCUCCUUCUUGGCCCACUGGCUACUAUUUGCCUGCUUGUGGUAUCUCCUCGCCCACCUCAACGGGGACCUGAUGGUGGACCACGAUGCCCCACCGCCCGACCACACAGUAUGUGUCAAGUACAUCACCAGCUUUACAGCAGCCUUCUCCUUCUCGCUGGAGACGCAGCUCACCAUCGGUUACGGCACCAUGUUCCCCAGUGGGGACUGUCCCAGUGCCAUUGCCCUCCUGGCCGUGCAGAUGCUAUUGGGGCUCAUGCUGGAGGCUUUCAUUACAGGGGCCUUUGUGGCUAAGAUCGCCAGACCGAAGAAGCGGGCAGGAGCAAUUCAGUUCAGCCCCUGUGCCGUUGUGGGGCAGCACCAGGGAGAAACCUGCCUAAUGUUCCGUGCUACCAAUAUGCUGCAGCGCCCUCUGGUGGACGUAAACAUUAAUGCUGUGCUCUACCAGGAUCAUGGAGACCAAGCGCUAUACCAGUCCAAAGUGGAGUUCCAGUUGGACAAUCUUGGUGCCAACCCCUGCCCAUUCUUCAUCUUCCCUCUAACAUUCUAUCACCAGCUGAACCGGCAGAGCCCGGUGUACCAGGCCCUGCAGGAGGGGAGUGCCACACACUUUGAGCUGGUCGUCUUUCUGUCAGCUGCCCAAGAGGACACUGGCGAGAGCUGCCAGAAGAGGACUUCUUACUUGAAAGGAGAGAUAGAAUUUGACCAUCACUUUGCCACAGUGCUGAGGCUGGAUACUCUAGGUCAAUACAAAAUGGACAUGAGCAACUUUGCCAAGGUCCUGCCUGACACCACAAACAGCAAAGCGGAAGUAGACAAGGAGUAUGUAGUCCAGAUCAAUGGCGAUGGCAGUGAAAGGGUGGAAUAGCAGGAACAAAACUACAGUGCCUGUUCAGCUGGAUUCAGCAUACA